AUGGAUUAAGAAUUAAUAAUAAGUCCAAAUGAUAAAAGAUAAUAUUCUUUAACAACACUUCCAAAUUAAUUAGAAUGUUUAAUAAUAUCUGAUCCAAAUACCAAAAUAUCAGGGGCUUGUUUAGAAAUAAGUGUAGGAUGGGUAAAUAAUUAAUUAUUAUAUAAAUAGUUAGAUGAUCCAAAAGAUUAUUAAGGAAUUGCACAUUUUUGUGAACAUAUGUUAUUUAUGGGAUCUAAUAAAUAUCCAACUUAAAAUGAUUAUACAUCAUUUAUCUAAUUACAUUCAGGAUCUUAUAAUGCAUCAACAUGGUUAUAAAGUAUUAUUUUAAUUAAAUAAAUAGGAACAAAGUAUUAUUUUAGUAUUGAAAAUGAUGCUUUUAUAGGAGGAUUAGAUAGAUUUGCUUAGUUUUUUAUUUGUCCACUUUUUGAUAGUAGUUGUAUUGAAAGAGAAAUGAAUGCUGUAGAAAGUGAAUUCAAUUUAUCUUUGGCUGAUGAUUAAUCAAGAUUAUGGGAGUAUUAUUUAUUAUGAAUAUAUUCUUUAGAAUCUUUGUUUAAUAAAGUGAUCCUCAAUCUACAUUUAAUAGAUUUGGAUGUGGUAAUUUACUUACUUUAAAUAAACCAGAUAUUAGAGAUCAAUUGUUAACAUUUUAUGAUAAAUACUAUUGUUCAUCUUUAAUGAAAUUAGUUGUUUACACUGAUAAAAAUUUAUAAGAAGUAGGAUAAAUGUAAUAUUAUCUAAAUUUAAUUAGAGUUUAUGAUAUUUUUUCUUUAGUUCCAAAUAAAGGUCGUAAAAAACCAUUACAUUUAGAUAAUCCUUUUUAAGGAUAAUUAUUUAAAAUUGAUGUUGUUGGAAUCAAAUAAGAAGAUUAUUUAUUUUUGAAUUUUGUUAUACCUAAUUAUGAAAAUAAAUAUUUAGGUUAACCUGAAAGUUAUAUUACUCAUGUUUUAGGACAUGAAGGCUAAAAUUCAUUAGCUUCAUUUCUUAAAGAUGAAGGUCUUGUAACUGAAUUAAUUGUUGGAUCUUAAAGAUUAAAUGAUUAAGUGAGUGAAAUUUAUUUAGAAAUUACUUUAACAGAAGAAGGAUUUGAUAAUUAUGAAAAAGUUAUAGGCUUUGUUUUCUAAUAAAUUUAAAAAAUCAAAGAAAAAGGUGUUAAAUAAGAAAUUUUUGAUGAAAUUGCUUAAAUUAAACAUCUUGAAUUUAAAUUUAAAGAAAAUUCAUCCUCUGUUUUAGAAUAUAUUGAAAAACUUAGUGAAAAUAUGCACAAAUAUCCAAAACAUCAUAUUAUUUAUGGAGAUUAUGCUUAUUAAUAAUUUGACCCUUAAUCUAUAAAUGAAAUUCUUGAUCAUCUUAAUCCAAAUAAUAUGAUUAUUUUCCUUAGAAGUCCUAGUUUGUAAUAUUAUCAAUUAAGUUUAUAGCGCAGAAGAAAAAGACGAUGAAAAUUUUAUAUCUGAACCAUUUUGUAAAACAAAGUAUAGAAAACAACAAAUUUCUAAUGAAAUAUUCUAAAUCAUUAAGAAUUCUAAUAAUUUAAAAGCAGAAAAAACACAUAAAAUUAUUGAUAUCUUCCCUCCCAAUAUAUACAUUCCAUAAAACUUUGAUAUUAUUGAUAAUAUUGAUGAUAAUCAAUAUCCUAAUAAGAUUUUCGAAAAUGAAUUUAUAAGAUGUUUUCAUUUAAAGGAUAAUUAAUUUCCUAUAUGCAAAGGUUGUUUUGGAAUCUAAUUCUUCCCCAAUUAAGAAUUUGCUAUUAAUGAAAAAGAAAGAGUUUUAUUUGAUCUUUGGUCAAAUAUAUUCUAUUCCUAAUUUGAAGAAACUUUAUAUAAUGCAGAAUGUGCAGGAAUCUCAUACAAUCUUGAUUCAGCAUAUAAUUUUAUUUCUUUUAAAGUUCAUGGAUUUAAUGAUAGCAUUCUAAAAUUCUACAAAGAUUUUAUUCAAUAUCUAUUAGAUUUUCAUAAACAACCAAAAAAAUAUGUUAAAAAACAUAUAUUUUCUGUUUAAAUUGAUGAUUUAUAAGAUAGAUAUGAAAAUUAUUUUAUGAAAAGUCCAUAUGACUUAAAUGCAAGUUAUUGGAAAUGUAUGAUUUAUAAAUCAGGUAAAUUUAUGAAAGAAUAAUUAAGAGAAGUAGAUAUUAAAAUGAAUGAUUUUAUUUCUUUUACAGAAAAAUUAUUCAAAACUGUAAGAAUGCAAAUUUAUUUUCAUGGUAAUAUUUCAAAAGAUGCUGCUUUAAAUUUAUGUUAAUUUACUCAUAAUUAAUUUUUGGAAUUUUCAAUACCAAACAAAUCAAUUCACCCUUUACAAAUUAUUAAAAUUCCUAAAAAUUAAACAUAUAAAUUUGAAAAAUUGAUUAAUGAAAAUCCUGAAGAACCUAAUUCUGGCCUAAGAAUAUCAUUUUAAGGAGAAUAAUCUCUUGAUCCUACAAUUAAUUUAUAUUUUGAUUUACUUAACUCAAUAAUUUCAGAUCCAUUUGAAAAUUAACUUAGAACAAAUGAAUAACUUGGAUAUGUUGUCUAUACUAAUAAAAGUAAUAGAAGAGGAGUUAAUUUCUUCCAUUUUAUAAUCAUUUCAGAGACUAAAUCGACUAGAUAAAUUGCUAAUCGUAUAGAUUCAUUUCUUUCAAACUUUUUAAAUCAAGAAUUAGCUUAAGUAUUUAUAUAAUAAUAAUUUUAAGCUUUCAGAAGAAUAAUUUGAAAAAGUCAAAUUAAGCUAUUACAAAGAUUAAUCAUAAGAUUUUUAAAAUUUAAAUGAAAAAUUUAAAGAUUUUUGGAAUGAGAUUUUAAUUAAUUAAAAUGAUUUUGACAAAAGUAAACAAUUUCUUAUAUAAUAGAACAAAAACUAAAAGAACGUAUAGAUUCAAUAACACAUGAAAAAUUCAUGAACUUUGCACUUAAUAUUUUUAAAGAUUCAAAAAGGCUAGAAAUUCAUAUUGUUAAUUAAAAGCAUUUAGAUUGGGAAUUAGAGUAUUAAGAAAAAAUUUCUAAUUGCGAAUGGCAUGAGGAUGUAUUUUAAUUGAAUUGAAUUAAAAAGAUUGUAUAAUAAUAAUAGAC